AUGGGUUUCAUCGGAAAGUUGCAAGCAAAGUUUGAACUCUACCGCCUAGAGCAGCGUUAUGCCCGUCGCAAACAUCGCAGCACGUUCUCGGGGGUUCAGUACGUCGACGGGGAAUACGUCUACUCCAAUGGAUCGAACUCCUCCUCAGGCACGGUCUCGAAGCACUCGACAGGCAGCCACUGGAAGGCACAGACUUUCAGCUCGUCCGAAUCGCGCUGGCGGUGA